CUUUAUAUAUACAAACGACCUCGAUAACUAAAAUACACAUUAUUGACCCAGACUCUGCAUACGAUACACAUGUUGAAUUACAAGUCUAUAUUGAGACGUGCUGUGAUCAAAGCAAAACUUAAUUGAAACAAAGCUACCUAUUCGACAUAAUGAUCAAGCCACCAACACCUCUUAUUUUAAUUCAGAUCAACGCAGAGCCAACAGUAGCUGCAGAAGGAAACUUCUAUUUUCUUGAGUAUCUGGAGUUUAAACUAUACCGGUAUAACUUGAACGCGUUUAUAAAGUUCGAACGCGAGAACGACGAGGUAUCGGAUCGAUUUCAGGAAACGUCCGAAAGAAUCCAGGAAAUAUGCGGACUCCUGGAGCAUUUGUACCCAAGAUUAUACUCACACGUUUCCCGACAGCUGAAAGUCACAUUACGGACCGAAGUGAUCAUUUGUGACGUAUUCCGAUCUUUUUGUCGAUCUCUGUUUAAAACUGGCACAAGCUGGCCUCGGAUUGUUGCAAUGUUUGCGUUUGCUAGUGGGAUUAUUGUUGACUGUAUUCGCGAACAUAGGCCUGAAUUUGCUCGCACUGUUGUAUAUUGUGUGAAGGCUUUUAUUGAAGACAAUUUAGCUAGUUGGAUCAAAGAUCAAGGCGGUUGGGAGAACAUUUCAGAACAUUUCCAGCAUAGUGGGCAAGUGGACACCUGGUAUGAUGUCAUCACGUCGUUUCCAUGCCUAUUAUGGUCUUCUCUGUUCGUGCUCCGGACGAAAAUUGGAAUUUUCGUGGCUAUGUUGAAAGGCAGCAGAUAAAUAAUAUAAUUGUGAAGCAGUUGCCGCCCACGAUCUGGUUAAUUUCACAAUAAACAAACUCAAUUUUAAUCCCAACACUACACCUAAUCUAAACCUACGAGUCCGAUUUCGGCGUCGUUUAGCAGAGACUAUUCCGGCGCUAUCGUUCCUUGGGCCAGAUUAGGGCAUUAUCAUGUUCGAAACACUAACUGAAUUUAGUAUGAACAAGUGUAACACAUAAAUAUAGCUAAUUUAUUAUUAUUAUACUGAUUUUACUGGACCAGUAGAAUUAUGAAUGAUAUAUUGAUACUACUUUUUUUCGAGUUUAUUUAUUACAACCCAGUGAUUUACAACCCUGUUUCUGCUUGCAGGAAGUUCCUGCUAGAAACUGGUCAUGUGACUUAAGGCUGCUUUCCACUUACGCGUUUUUUAUACGCACGUACACGUACGGAA